ACAUUUGCAUUUCGACCCCUCGCAUUUUGGUUAUGUUUACUCUCCCACUGUUCAUUUCAUUUCCCCCCUCCUUCAGCAGCUCCAAUCAUCAUGCAGCCUCCUCGGUGCCAUCUCUCAAUUUCAGAGCUAGAGAGAGAGGUUACUGGUGAGGUUGAUGAUGGUGGCUGUUGAAAUCUGCAGAGCAUAGACUUUUCUUCUCUGCAAAGCCUCUCUCUCUCUCUCUCUCUCUCUCUCUCUCUCUCUCUCUCUAGAGAGAGAUGGGCCCAUGUGAAAGAUUUUCCAAACUGUGUUCUUCCUUUUUCUCUGUGGAGCCAAGACCAACGCCAUUGUGGUUGUAAAAUUGUAAUAAAGCUUCAACUUUUACUUCUUCCUCUCUCUCUGUUCUUGUCAAAAGAUAGAUGCCCACCAUAGAAAAAAGGAGUAUUCUUUUCCCUAUUUGAAUGUUGAACAGUAGAAAUUUUUUGUUGAAUCAUUUUUUGACAUUAGAUCUCUGAGUUUUUCUCAACGGAGAUCUCUUCCUACUAAUAGUUUUUUUCCCUCUGGAUUUUUCAUGAACUCUAGAAACUGAAGCUAUAUGUUUUUUUUUUCUGUUUCCAAAAUAAACGCUUUUGCCUUUCCCCCAAAAUCAUCCCACGAUCCCAAAGCUUCCCAAACCUGGAAAAGUUGUCAGAUCAACAAUAUGGCUGAAGAUUCCAACAUAAGAGUUAUAUGCUUGUCCUCUGUUUGAAGUUUACAAGCUUGAAUCAUGCUUCAGGGAUUCAUUUGCUUAGCUUAACUUUUGACGUCUUCUUUCACACCUUGGCUUCAAAGAAAUAUCAAUUUCUUUUUCAUCCCUUCCCCGUUUCAUCGCUGGCUAAAGCUUGGCGCUGGUUCAGGGUCUCUUGAGGUGGAAAGAGAUCAUCUUUGUGUCUUGGCAUCAAAAGAAAGCUUUCGAAAUAGCUUGAGCAUUAGUUUUGGCGCAACAGCUUUUAGAUUUCUAGGGUUUUGUUCUUCUUUUCUUACUUACCUUGGAAUCUUUUUAUCCAUAUACAUAUGUACAUACAUAUGUAUUGACCAGUUACAGCUACAACCACUGUUCCUUUUCUUGGAAGUUUGGAAUCAAAGGAUGUCAGAAGAAUUUUAGGCUCUACUCAAGUCGAUAAAAGAGGGAAAAAUUAGAAAAGGAAAAUACUAAACUGAAUGUCAUAAAAAACCAUGGCAAAGAAAAUUCAACGACGUGCUGCCCGGCAUGAAAGAGAUCAGUUAGGCUGCAUGUCGGGAUUUAUCAGUAUGUUUAAUUUCCGCCAUGGACGGUAUGCACAUAAGCUGCUGGUAGACCGAAGGGAUGGAACCAAACGUGUUUCUGGAAAGAACACAGGAAAUCCUAGGAACGAUGAGCCUGACAAGCCUGAAUGUUGCGACAAGGGUUCUCAAGAAACCGUUGUUGGUGGAGAAAGAAAUGUCACGAUAACGGUUAUCAAGCCAAGUGUGAAGAAACUUAUAGAACAAGAGCUGUUCAUUGACAGAGAAAUAAAGGAGAGGGACAAUUGUGAAGGACAGGUAUCAGACUCUGAGAUAGAAAGCUGUAGAAGGAAGAACCAAAGGAGAAUAAACAAGACUCGUGGGAAAAGCUGCAGCAACUUUGGCCACAUAAAUGUCUUUGACAAUGCAGAGCUUGAUGUUAGUUGUAGUAAUCAGAAGCAUCGUCAGUCUAUGAGCAGUCUUGACAUUGACAAUAUGAUCGAAGAGUUUUGUUGUGAGAUUCAUCACAGAAAUAGAAGCCGCAUGAAGAAAAAGAAGCUGAACCAGAGUCACGAAGACUAUAAAGAAAGACUGAGGGAACUGGUCAAGUUUUUAAUUAGUCAGAAGCUUUUACACGGCACCCGUCCCAGAGAAGAUAGUGAAAUCCUUACAUCUAAAGAUUUGAUGGAAGUGUUUCAGAUCCUGGGUUCAGAUGAGGAAUUGUUUCUCAAGCUUUUGCAAGAUCCAGAUUUACUUGUGCCAAGAGAUGUUCAAGAUUUACAAAACCGUCAAAGUGACAAAGAAGAAGAAAAUCCAACUUUGUUUGAGAAAUCCAAUGCAUCAGAGCAAUCCAAUUCGCCAGCUGGUAAGAAACAGUCUAGCCUUUUCAGACUGAAGGACAGACAAGAAAGAUUUAAUCAUAACGAAUGUGAAUCUUCAGAGAGAAUCAUCAUUCUGAAGCCCGGACCAGCGAGCUUGUUAAGUCCAGAAAGGGAGAAUAAUCACAGUCCACCACCUGGACCAACUCUGAUGAGAAACAAGGUGCAAAAUGAAAGGAUCAGUUCACAUUUCUUUCUCUCUGAGAUCAAGAGGAAGCUGAAACAAGCAAUCAGAAAGGAGCAUCAGGUACCGCCACGUGAUGGCAGAUCUGGAGAGGGGUUUCGGAAGAGUGUGCCAACUAAAGAUCAUUUCUUUAUUGAACGGAUGGCAAGGCCUUCAAUGACUGAAAAGAAACCACCUAAAGUUUUACAAAAACAUGAGAAGGUUGACAAAAAGCAAAGGGUGUCUAAUAUUUAUAUCGAGGCCAAGAAACAUCUGUCGGAGAUGUUGAACAAUGGAGAUCCGGAUCCGACCUCAACAAAUAAACAGAUUCAGAGAACCCUCGGAAGGAUACUCUCUCUUCCUGAAUAUUUGUCUCCUCAUGGCAGCCCAGGAAGAAGACAAAAGCAAAUAUCUUCAACUGUGCAUAGGAGAUCUGCUUCGGCGGAUUUCCCAAGUGUUGAAGGAAACAAGAAAGAAUCUUAUGAGAGCCCACCAGGUCAUGCCAUGGAAAAUGCUGAACUUCAGCUGCACCAUUUUAACAACCCUGACAGUUGUAUCGAGUCUCUUCAACCAGCCACUAGUGAACUUACUGAAGAAAAUGUUGAUAAAGAGGAUGAAACUCAAAUGGAAGACAAAAUUUCUUCAGAAGAUGUCAUAAUUGACGAAGAAAUUGAAAGAACUCCAGAGGAAGAGGAUGCAAACUCCAGCGUGUUAUCUGGCCAAGAUAGCCCAUCCAUGUACAAGAGCAACCAGAUUGUUGAUGGCAUUUUCAUAGUUGAAGAUCAUGGUGGGCUGAAGGAAUGUGAAAUCUCGAAACAGGCAUGUCUUGAAGAGAGCCAACCACCAGGGUCUUCCUCGGUAGAGUCACUGUCUAACUCUUUAGCUAAAACUGAGGAACCCAAAUCAAGUGCUCUUGAUUUGCCAGAGUGGUCAAGUCCCGUUUCUGUUCUUGAGCCGUUGUUCGUUGAAGAUGAUAUAAGCCCGGCAAGAAUGCGGUCAUGCUCAGGUGAAGCACUAGUGCAACCAUAUUGUAUCCAAUUCGAAGAAAAUGAUUCUGCAGCUGGAAAUCAAGAGAACUGUGUGAAAACUGUAAAGGAUGACAAAGAUCUGGUGUUUAAGUAUGUCAAAGCCGUUUUGGAUGCAGUAGACUCGGAUUGGGAAGAGCUGUAUCUGAAGUCGCAAACUUCAGAUCAACUUCUGGAACCAGUGUUGAUCAGCAACGUACUGUUCUAUCCAAACCAGCUCUGUUCUGAUCAUGAGCUGCUCUUUGACUGCAUCAAUGAAGUUCUCUUGGAUUUCUGCAGUUGUCCUCCAUGGGUUUCGUUCUAUAAACCCAGAACCCGAGUCUUCUCUAGCGUCAAAAGCAUCAUUCAUGAGGUUCAAGAAGCGGUUUAUUGGAAUCUUCUACAGUUACCACUUCCUCGUGCAUUAGAACAAAUAGUCAGGAAAGACAUGGCUAGAGCUGGAAACUGGUUAGAUACCAGAGAGGACACUGACAGCAUUGGCACUGAGACUGGCGAACUGAUUCUCAAUGAAUUACUAGAAGAACUCAUACUCAACUGUAUGAACACUGAUGAAACCCUGGUUCUGGCCGAGGUAAAGGACGACGAAAGUGUCCUCCCCGUCCCAUAGAGAUGAACAAGAAUUUUACGUCUACUCACAACCCUUGUUGAAUCUAGUCCCGGGCGAGGAUAAGGGCAAGCUCCUCUUCAGCACUGUCAUUGCUAACUUCAUGAGCACAGAACGCUCCAACAUUACAUUACACCAAUAAUAACGGCUAGAGCAGGUGGCUGAAACAAACCGAGAGAGCGAGUGGAGAUCAAGACCCAUAAAGGUUCUUGCUUGAUGUGGGUCACUUCAAAAUCCACCUUCAGAGACAGAGAGCAUUCUGCCUCUUUUCAGGACAUGUAAGAUUUCUUUGUCUGUGUGUCUCUGUGUGUGUGUGUGUGAUAGAGAGAGAGAUGUUCUUCUUGGGUUUCUUUUUUCCUUCUUUCUUUUUGUUGUCUCACUUAUUAGUCUUCAGCAUUUGCCAUGUGGUUUAGGUUAUGCUGUGCUCUCCUCCGGUUUGACUUUUUGUGGUCAAAAACAGGGGGAAACCACAUGCCUCGGGCUCGGAUAUGUAAUAAUGUAUUUGAAUAGGCCUUAUAUUACUGAUAUUCCCACAUAGAAAGAUACAAUUAACA